AUGACUGAAAUAGCAGAGACAGAGGAUGAAGUCCAGUUUCUACGAACGAAUGAUGAGCUGGCUCUGCGUUGCUCCUUGUCGGCCCAGCAGAGGCAGCAGAAAUUCUGUCUGGCCGCCGAGGGCUUUGGCAGCCGACUCUGCUUCCUGGAGACCACAUCUAACUCCAAAAAUGUUCCGGUGGACCUGUCCGUGUGUGUGUUUGUGCUGGCCCAGUGUCUGUCCGUGCGUGCCUUGCAGGAGAUGCUAGCCAAACAGUGCGACCGUGAAACAGGGGUUGCUGAAGUGGGAAGUCACCGCACUCUCCUGUAUGGCCAAGCCAUCCUGCUGCGCCAUGCCUACAGUGGAAUGUAUCUCUGCUGUCUGUCCACGACCUCUGCCUCCACCGAUAAGCUGGCAUUUGAUGUUGGCCUGCAAGAGGAAGUCAAAGGUGAGGCGAGCUGGUGGACGGUGCACCCUGCCUCCAAGCAGCGGUCCGAGGGGGAGAAGGUGCGGGUGGGGGACGACCUCAUACUCGUCAGUGUCUCCUCUGAACGAUACCUGCAUUUGUCCCUGGCUGACUGCAACAGUGCAGGUGAGGAUAGCGGCGGUGGUCUCCGGGUGGACGCUGCCUUUCACCAGACCCUGUGGAGUGUAGCCUCCAUAUCAUCAGGAGGUGCCGUCGCUCAAGGUUACCUCAAAGGAGGAGACACGUUUCGCUUCAUGCAUGGACACACGGAUGACUGUUUGACCAUUGCGCCCGUGGAGCAUGGAGAAGAGGAGCGCAGAUCGGUGUGCUUUGAGGGAGGCAGUGCUUCAUCCCAGGCCCGCUCUCUCUGGAGGCUGGAGACCAUGCGAGUGGCGUGGAGCGGUAGCCACACUCAGUGGGGUCAUGCGUUCCGUCUGCGUCACGCGACCACAGGGAUGUACCUCAGUCUGACCCAGGAGAGGGGGCUCAGGCUGAUGGAGAGGGAGAAGGCUGAUGUCAAGGCCACUGCUUUCUGCUUCCGCUCCUCAAAGGAGAAACAUGACCUUGUCCAGAAGAAGGAUGUGGACGGCAUGGGCCCACCGGAGAUCAAGUAUGGAGACUCCAUCUGCUUUGUGCAGCACCUGGACAGUGGCCUCUGGCUCACCUACCACACAGCUCAUGGGAAGGGCGGGAGAAUGUCUGGGGCACCACGCCAGGCCAUACUGCACCAGGAGGGCCACAUGGAUGACGGUCUGACUCUGUCCCGCUCUCAGGGGGAGGAGUCAAGAGCCGCUCAGAUCAUCAGAAGCUCUGUCCUCUUGUUUUCACGCUUCAUCAGAGGACUGGACGACCUUGGACAGAGAGCUAACGUGCCGACCGCAGCAGCAGCAGCUUCUCCUCUGCCAAUCUCCUCCGUCUGCACGAGUCUGCAGGAUCUCAUUAGCUACUUCCAGCCUCCCGACCAACACAGGGGUCAAGAUGAAAGGCAGAACAACAUGAGGUCCCUGAAGAACAGGCAGAACCUCUUCCAGGAGGAGGGGAUAAUUGGCUAUGCAUUAGACUGCAUUGAUCGCCUCCACUCGUAUGGCAGUGCAGCCCACUUUGCUGAGCUUGCAGGAAGAGAGGCGGGAGAGGAAUGGGAGACGCUCCUAAACUCUCUUUAUGAACUCCUAGCAUCUCUGAUCAGGGGCAAUAAGAAUAAUUGUGCCCACUUUUCUGGAUCACUGGAGUGGCUGAUUGGAAGGCUGGAAAGACUAGAUGCAUCCUCUGGAAUUCUUGAGGUGUUACACUGUGUCCUCGAGGAAAGCCCACAGGCUCUCAACUUCAUCAAAGAGGGACACAUGAAGUCAAUCAUAUCUCUUUUGGACAAACAUGGCCGCAAUCACAAGAUCCUGGAUGUGUUGUGCUCACUGUGUGUGUGCCAUGGAAAAGCGGUGCGUUCGAAUCAACACUACAUCUGUGAAAACCUGCUGUCAGACAGAAAUGUACUUCUACAAACACGCCUCUGCAAUCAAGUCACAAGUGUUAGGCCAAAUAUCUUCCUGUGCAUGAAUGAAGACUCUGCCCAGUGCAAGAAGUGGUACUUUGAGCUGAUGGUGGAGAAGGCGGAGGCCUUUGUCACCGCCGAGCCCACACACCUGCGGGUAGGCUGGGCCUCCACAGAGGGCUACUGCCCCUCCCUGACUGGUGGACACGGCUGGGGGGCCAACGGGGUUGGCGAUGACCUUAGCUCCUAUGGCUUUGAUGGCCUGCACUUGUGGUCAGGUGGCGUAGGCCGGAGGGUGAGCUCCCCUAAGCCUCAUCUUCUGAAGGAGGGGGACGUGGUGAGCUGCUGCCUGGACCUGGGGGCCCUGUGCAUCUCUUUCAGGGUCAACGGGCAGCCGGUGCAGGGCAUGCUGGAGAGCUUCAAUGCGGCCGGCCUGCUGUUCCCUGUGGCCAGCUUCUCUGCUGAAGUCAGGGUGUGCUUCCUGUUGGGCGGUCGAUUAGGGGAUUUCAAAUUCUUGCCCCCGCCUGGUUUCUCGCCUGUGUGUGAGGCUCUUCUUCCCCGCGUCAGAUGCAGAGUAGAGCCAUGCCUAGACUUUCUCAGGCUCCGUAACAGUAAUCAGCAUGAUCUGUUGGGACCGGCCAUGGCACUCAGUCCACCUACCUUUACCCCGGUACCUGUGGACACCAGUAAGGUGGCCUUCCCCCCUCAACUAGAGCUGAUUCAAGAGAAGCUUGCGGAGAACAUGCACGAGCUCUGGCUCAUCAGCAUGAUAGAUCAAGGCUGGAUCUAUGGUCCUGUUAAAGAAGAAAAUAAAAAACACCAUCCUGACCUGGUUGAAUUCUCAAAAUUACCAGAUCAAGAAAAAAACACAAACCUUCAGACUGCUCAGGAGACGCUUAGGACUCUUUUGGCCUUUGGUGUGUUUAUUGGACUCCUGGAUGACCACGCUGAUGAAAAGGUCAAGCACGUCAGACUCUCUAACAAGUAUGAGCUGUGGAAUGGCUACCGGCCCGCCCCAGUUGAUCUGUCUCAGGUCAUCCUGACUGCUGCCCAGGAGGCUCUGGUGGACCACCUGGCUGAAAACGACCACAACAUGUGGGCCAAAGACCAGAUCCGACAGGGCUGGACCUAUGGACCCAACCAGGACAUCAAGGCGAAGAGGAGUCCUCACCUGGUGCCCUUCUCCCUGCUGGAUGAGAGGACCCAGACUGAAGGCCGUGAGGCUGUCAGGGAUGCGCUGUGUACUAUACUUGCAAAUGGAUACACGCUGGAGCCAUUGGACCAAGAACAGAUGGUGGCUCCAAACGCAAGCCUAUCUCAGGCCCAAAUGUUCCGGAUAUUCCGAGCUGAGCACGACUACGCUGUGCAGAGAGGAAAGUGGUACUUUGAAUUUGAGGUUGUGACCGCGGGAGAGAUGAAGGUGGGCUGGGCUCGACCUGGAAGUAAACCUGACUCUGAUCUGGGGUCAGACGAUCAGGCCUUUGUUUUUGAGGGGAGCAAGGGUCGGUUUUGGCAUCAGGGCAGUGAGCAGCUGGGUCACGGCUGGCAGCAGGGCGAUGUGGUGGGCUGCCUGCUGGACCUGGACCUGGACCAGGCCACCAUGAUGUUUACUCUAAACGGGGAGCUGCUGCUCAACAACCGCGGAUCAGAGCACGCCGCCAAGGGCUUCGCACUUCAAGAUGGCUUCAUACCAGUAUGCAGUAUAGGGGUGAACCAGGUGGGCCGUCUUCACCUGGGCCAGCGGAGUGACGUCCUGCACUACUUUGGUGUGUGUGGGCAGCAGGAGGGAUAUCGUCCGUUUGCUCAUAGCAUGAGCCGAGACGUGCCUCUAUGGAUGAGCUUCAAACAGCCCUACUUCACCCCUGUUCCUCAGGACCACAGCCUCAUUCAGGUAACUCGCCUUGAUGGGCCAGUGGAACACUCGCCCUGUCUGAAGGUGACACAGAUGUCACCAGGUUCUUCGAUCGCCGGAGGCACCCUCUACUCCGACACGGGCUACUACCGGCUCAACAUGCCCAUAGAGUGCGCCGAGGUUUUCACUCGACCACCAGAGGGCCCCGUCAUCACCCCCCUUUGUUACCCCAAGAGGGACUCGGAGGACGGGGAGGUGGACUCGGACUUUGAGGUGCUCAUGAAGACAGCACACCGGCACACACACGAGUCCAGAGAUGAACUCAACAACCACAAGGACCACGGACAAGAGAAGCCCUCCAGACUCAAGCAGCGUUUCAUGUUGAAGCGGACCAAACCGGAGCUAACGGCGAGCCACUCCUCCGCACGACUGCUGGAAGAUGUUCUGGCCAUAGAGAAGGACGAGGAGAAGCGCCUCUCACACUGCACUGCGUAUCACUACUCAGUGAAGGUGCUCCCAGGUCAGGACCCCUGCUUCGUUUGGGUGGGCUGGGUGACUGCCAGUUUCCAGCAGCAACAGCAACACGUCUUCAACCCAGAGAAGGUCCACACAGUCACCGUGACACUCGGAGAUGAACUGGGCAAAGUUCAUGAAAGUUUAAAGCGCUGUGGCUGCUAUAUGGUGUGUGCCGCAGAUGCUAUAGGCCUGAACCACAGCCGUGGUAGCGGUGACAUAGUGAUUGGUUGCUUUCUUGACACUGCAACUGGACGCCUGACCUUCACUGGAAGUGGAAAAGAACUAGACACCUAUUACCAGGUGGAGCCCUGUACUAAGCUGUACCCGGCCGUAUUUGCCAAAGCCACCACCUCUGACAUGUUCCAGUUCCAGCUCGCCAGAAUGAAGAAUAUGAUGCCCCUGUCGGCUGGCAUGUUUGGGGUUGAGCGUGGCAACCCUGUGGCCCAGUGCCCACCCAGGCUACACGUGCAGCACCUGGUGCCGUACCGCUGGCUGCGGAUGCCCGAGCGCUUACCCAGGGUGGAGGUGACGCGCAUGGAGGACAGGCACGGGUGGAGGGUGCACUGCCCUGGGAUGCCACAGGUCAUGACCCUCCACAUCCCCGAGGAGAACAGGUGUGUUGACAUUCUGGAGCUGUCGGAGCUCCGCGACCUCUUGACCUUCCACCGGCACACCCUGCGUCUCUACUCUGCCCUGUGUAGUCAUGGAAACACGCAGCUGGCGCACGCACUGUGCAGCCACGUGGACCAAUCGCAGUUCCUGUACGCGCUCCAGUGCCGUGACAUGCCGGGCCCGCUGCGCCAGGCCUACUACGCCCUGCUCAGCGAGGUCCACCUCAGCGCCCACGCCAGCGCCAGGCAGGCCAUGACCCACGAGUACAUCGUGCCCAUGUCCAAAGGCUCCCGCGCCGUCACGCUCUACAACAGCCGGAGGAGGCGCCACUCGCUGCCAGGCAGUGUCCGUAGCGCCUCCCUCUGGCCCCGGCUGCACUUCGCCACUCCCUGCUUCAUCAGACCACCCGACGAAGGGGUGAGUGGUGGUGCUGGAGGAGGGUCCCUGGAUGGUGGCGGCAGGGUGGAGGACGUCCAGCCGGACAGCCCCUGGUUCCCGGUGCCCCAGCUGAAGGCCCUGCUGCUGGGGAUGCUUCGGGAGGCCGUGUGCGCGGCUGGUCGGCGCGUAAGGGAUCCUGCAGGGGGCAGCGUGGAGCUGCUGCUGGUGCCUCUGCUGCGGCUGCUGCACACUCUACUGCUGAUGGGGGUGUACCAGGGGCCCGACCUCAGGCAGGCCCUCAGACUCAUCCUGCCUGGCAUCUACAUCCAGAACUGGGUCAUCACCGAGGAUGUUGAUGAUGAUGAUGAGGACCAGGAUGAUGAAGCAUUUGGAAUGGAGUUUGGUAGGGAGAGAGGUGGCACUCUGGGAAGCCUGCCAAAACAGGGGCUGCUGCAGAUGAAGUUGCCCGAGGCGGUGAAACUGCAAGUUUGCAACUUGCUGGAGUAUCUGUGCGACUGCCAGGUGCGUCACCGGGUGGAGUCGGUGAUGGCGUUUGCAGACGACUUUGUGGCCCGCCUCCAGGACAACCAGCGCUUCCGCUACAACGAGGUCAUGCAGGCGCUUAACAUGUCUGCCGCCCUCACAGCGCGCAAGACCAAAGAGUUCCGCUCCCCGCCGCAGGAGCAGGUUAACCUGUUGCUCAAUUUCCGUGAUGAUGUGUGCGAGUGCCCAUGCCCCGUGGAGAUUCAGGAGCUCCUCCAGCGGUUCCACAGUGAUCUCAUGACUCAUUGCGGCAUUGAGAUCGAUGACGACUUAGAGGCGGAGGAUGAAGGGGAUCUGUCUGUCAGGGGUCGGCUCUCUUGUCUGGUGGAGAAGGUGGCCAGGCUCAAGCGCAAGCUCUCCCUCUGCUCCGAGGACACCGUCGCAGAAAAACCCGUGUCACUGCGGCAGAUGAUCUUGGAGGCCACGCUGCGCUGGGCCCAGGAGGGGGUGAUGGGGGAUGCGGAGCUGGUGCAGGCCGUCUUCCGGCUGCUGCGGAGGCAGUACGCAGGGCUGAGCGUGCAGAUGGCCGGCCCGCUGCGGAGGGCCUACUGCAUCAGCCCCAGCUCUGUGGAGGACACCCGCGCCCUGCAGAGCGCCCUGGGCCGCAUACGCUCCCUGCUGCGCAUACGCAUGGGCCGCCAGGAGGAGGCGCUCAUGAUCCAGGGGCUCGGUGACAUCAUGAACAAUAAAGUAUUUUACCAGCAUCCAAACCUGAUGAGAGCUCUGGGGAUGCACGAGACAGUUAUGGAGGUGAUGGUUAACGUCCUAGGAGAGGGAGAAUCUAAGGAGAUCAUGUUUCCCAAGAUGGUGGCUCACUGCUGCAGGUUUCUCUGUUACUUCUGCCGUAUCAGCCGCCAUAACCAGAAGGCCAUGUUCGACCAUCUCAGCUAUCUGUUGGACAACUGCAAUGUUGGACUUGCCUCCCCCUCCAUGCGGGGCUCCACACCCCUGGAUGUGGCCGCUGCCUCCGUGAUGGAUAACAAUGAGCUGGCACUGGGCCUCACUGAGUCAGCCCUGGAGAAGGUGGUGCAGUAUCUGGCCGGAUGUGGCUUCCGGAGCUGUGCCCUGCUCUUGGCUAAGGGCUAUCCUGAUAUCGGGUGGAAUCCAGUGGAGGGGGAGCGCUACCUGGACUUCCUCCGCUUUGCUGUCUUCUGCAAUGGUGAGAGUGUGGAGGAGAACGCUUACGUGGUUUUGCGGCUGCUCAUCCGGAGGCCAGAAUGCUUUGGCCCCGCCCUACGCGGUGAUGGAGGAGAUGGUCUUCUAGCAACCAUGCAGGAAGCUAUCAGGAUCUCGGCCAAUCCAAAAACAGAUGGGCCAACAACAGCUCACGAGUCCAACAGAACCCUCGACACUCUUAACGAUGAAGACGAUGACCUCAUCCACUUGGGCCAUGCAAUCAUGGCUUUCUACUCGGCCCUCAUUGACCUGCUUGGUCGCUGCGCCCCCGAGAUGCACCUGAUAGAGGCAGGCAAAGGCGAGGCGCUCCGCAUCCGAGCCAUCCUCAGAUCGCUCAUCCCUCUGGAAGACCUAGUGGGAGUCAUCAGCAUCCCCCUCCAGCUGCCCAGUCUGGACGCAGAUGGCCAUGUGAUAGAGCCAGACAUGUCCACUGUGUUCUGUCCUGACCAGAAGGCUGCCAUGGUGCUGUUUCUGGACCGGGUCUACGGGAUCCAGGACCAGAACUUCCUCAUAAGACUGCUGGAGGUGGGCUUCCUGCCCGACCUUCUUGCUGCUGCCACCAUGGACUCGUCUGAUCUGGCAGGCACAGACAUGGCGCUGGCCCUGAACCGCUAUCUGUGCUCGGCGGUGCUUCCCCUGCUCACCAAGUGCGCCUCUCUGUUCGGCGGCACAGAGGCUCACAGCCAGCUGAUGAACUCGCUGCUCCAGGCCGUCUACCGGCUCUCCAAGGGCAGCGUGCUCACCAAGGCCCAGAGGGAUGCCAUCGAAGACUGCCUGCUCUCCAUCUGCGGCAACCUGAGGCCGUCCAUGGUGCAGCCCCUGCUCAACAGCCUGGUGUUUGAUGUUCCUCUUCUGACAGAGAGCACAAAGAUGCCCCUGAAGCUGCUGGCUAAUCACUACGAGCACAGCUGGAGAUACUACUGUGUGGCUGGGGGCUGCGGUGGAGGAGGCGGCAGCGCGGAGGGCUGUGGAGGAGGAGGCGCAGGAGGGUCUGCCUCCGCAGAGGAGCUUCACCUGUCCAGACAGCUGUUCUGGAGCUCCUUCAGUGCGCUGGCCAGGAGGUCCUAUGAUGCUGAGCUGUACCAGCUGAGUCUGGGCUGCCUGAGUGCUGUUGCCCGGGCCGUCCCCCCAGACCACCUGGACCCCAGCUGCAGAGGCGGCGUGGAGUCCCACCAGUCCGUUGACACCGAGGGACGCUUUUGUCCCCAGCCUGUGGAUACCUCAAAUAUUUGCAUCCCAGAGGGCCUGGAAUAUUUGGUGAAUAAAUAUGCCCAACACACGCAUGAGAAAUGGUCCCUAGACAAGUUUGCCAGUGGCUGGGUCCAUGGAGACCAGCUGUGCGAGAGUUCUAAAGUCCAUCCCCUGCUCAAGCCAUAUCGCGCCUUGUCAGAAAAGGAUAAGGAGAGCUACCGCUGGGCAAUGAAGGAGAAGGUGAAGAUCAUGCUGGCGUUUGGCUGGACUAUGGAGAGAACCAAGGAUGGAGAAGGAGCUCUGGGGUUACACAACCCAGCACUGAGAAUCUCUCAGGCUGGUCAGCUGUCCUUUGAAGGCACCUCCACGUUCACUCCAAAAACCAUUGACAUGAGCAACGUGACACUGUCAUGGGACCAGUAUUCCAUGGCAGAGCAGCUGGCGGAGAGUUCCCAUAAUGUCUGGGCCAAGAAGAAACAGCUGGAGCUGGAAUCCAAAGGAGGGGGCAGUCAUCCACUGCUGGUGCCCUAUGACUCCAUGCCUGCGCGAGACAAGGCCAGGGCACGGGAAAGAGCACAGGACAUCCUCAAAUUCUUCCACAUGAAUGGAUACAAUGUGUGGAGGGAGAGGAGACCUAUGGACUGUGACUCUCCUGCCAUCGCCAGUCGCUUUGCUUAUGGUGUCCUCCAGCAAGCACUAAACUACACUGACCUGGCUCAGGAACAACUUCUAGACAUAGAGGUUGCCCAGUCCAGUGGACUGAAAUCAGAGCAGGCUCCUUGUGAAAAGCAAAUCAAUUUCUUUGUCAAGGUUGUUUUGCCCUUGGUUUAUCAGUAUCUGAAGUGCCAUCGCAGUUACUUCCUGUCCAGCUCUACGCAUCUCCUUGGUAACAGAGGGCAUGCAUCCAACAAGGAGAAGGAGAUGGUUACCAGUCUUUUCUGCAAGCUUGGAGCUCUUGUAAGGCGCGCGAUAGUUCCCCUUGGGAAUGAGUCUGCCACGGUGACAAGCUGUCUCACUACUUUGGCCUCCUCUUUGGAUACAAGAACGGUAAUGAGGAGUGCGGUGGAGUCUGUGCGCCAGUCCCUGUGUUCCUUCUUUGAAGAGGCUGCCGGUGACCUGCAGGUGACUGUGGAGACGCUGGCUCUGGGCCCUGCCUCUCCUCCUCCUCCUCCUCCUCUUCCUCCCUCCAGGAGCCAGUGUGAAGGAGCAAGUUACAAUGUGGCCUACACCCUGGACAUCCUCAUCCCGGUCCUCACCGCACUCUUCCAGCACACCACCCAGUGUCAGUAUGGCCAGGAUCUCAUAAUGGGAAAAGUUCAAGCCUCCUGCUACAAAAUCCUCAUCAGCCUUUAUUCCCUCGGCACCUCCAAGAACACUGACGCAGAGAGGUACAGGCCGGAGGUGGGGACGUGUCUAGCUGCGCUGGCAGCUGCCUUUCCUGUGCCCUUCCUGGAGUCAUCUUUGGAUGAGCACAGCUCAUAUGUUGCCUACAAUACAGUGGACGAGGAUGUGGUGGAGGAGAUAUUGUGUGGUGCUGAGGAGGCGCGGCGUCUCCUGCCCUCUCUGCAGCAGGCCCUGGGGGAGGUGGAGGAGCUGGCGCUGGCUGGCUCCGCGGCGAGACACGCGCUCCUCUCCCAGGUGACGGAGGUGACGCUGCCCCUGCUCUGCAGCUAUUUCUCCCACUGGGGCCGGGCAGAGGCAGCAGCAGCAGGGGAGGAGGAGGUGGCGGAGGAGGAAGAGGGGGAAGGAGGUGAAGGGCUGAGGGGCAGCGUCUCCUCUCCCCUGAGGCCCCAGGGCACCAACUCUCUGCUGCUGGGACACAUCCUCUCCAUCAUCCACACCCACCUGGGGGUGGCGGAGGGCGCCUGGAUGCAGCGGCUCGCAGUUGUUUCCCAGCCAAUCAUUGGCCAAGCUGAGCCGCAGCUGCUGAAGUCCCACUUCCUGCCUCUGAUGGAGAAGCUGAAGAAGAGGGCGGGCUCGGUUCUGGAGGAGGAGGAGCAUCUGAAGGCCGAGGGGAAGGGGGACACAUCAGAGGCGGAGUUACUCAUUCAAGAAAAGUUUGCCCUGUUGGUCCGUGACCUAUACGCUUUUUAUCCACUGCUCAUUCCCUAUGUUGACUUGCACAGAGCAAGUUGGCUGACAGAGCAAAAUGCUGAGGCUGAGAAGCUCUUCAGCAUGGUGGCAGAUAUCUUCAUCUUCUGGGCAAAGUCUCAUAAUUUCAAAUGGGAGGAGCAAAAUUUUGUGGUCCAGAAUGAAAUCAACAACAUGGAAUUCCUUGUCAACAUCAGCAAGAACAUGAGGCCAGCAUCAAAGAAAGGGGGAUUGCAGGAGAAAGAGCAGUGGAGGAAGGUGAAGAGGAGAGGGGAUCGGUACUCCACGCAUACCUCCCUUAUCGUGGCCGCCUUGAAGAAACUGAUUCCCGUGGGCCUCAGCGCCUGCCUGGCCGCCGACCAGGAAGUCAUCGCCAGGGCCAAGGCCCAGCUAUCUCAGGGGGACACAGAGGAGGAGGUCAGGGAGGUCAUCCGCAAAGGUCUUCAGAGGCAGAGGAAGGAUUUUCUCAAUGGUCCAGGCAAUAUUAAGGAUGACGACGUCGAAAGGGUUUUUGGGAUUGCUCACGUCUCGUUUCACCUGGACCAGGUGGAAAGGCCACAGAGGACAAAGAAAGCUGUGUGGAACAAACUGCUUUCCAAGCAGCGCAAGAGGGCUGUGGUGGCGUGCUUCAGGAUGGCACCCUUAUACAACAUACCCAGGCAUAAAGCAGUCAAUCUUUUCCUUCUGGGUUAUGGCACAGCAUGGAUUGAAGCAGAGGGCCACUCUUUUGAAGAUAAGCUAAUAGAGGAUUUGACAAAAGUGGGUGAUGGAGAACCUGAGGACGUGGAGGGAGUGGAAGGUGAAGCAGCAGCUCACUCCGAUCCUCUCCAUCAACUGAUUGCACUACUCAGUCAGAGUGCUUUAACAGAGAGGAGCAGACUGCAGGAAGACAGAUUGUAUAUAUCCUUUGCAGAAAUAAUGUCUAAGAGUUGUCAUGGUGAAGACGAAGAUGAAGAUGAGGUCAAAACUUUUGAGGAGAAGGAGACUGAGAAGCAGAAGCUGCUGUACGAACAGGCCAGACUACACGAACGCGGAGCAGCCGAGAUGGUGCUUCAGACCAUCAGUGCCAGCAGAGGUGAGAAGGGUCCAAUGGUGGAGGCCACGCUAAAGCUUGGGAUAGCGAUCCUUAACGGGGGAAAUAUGAGUGUUCAACAGAAAAUGUUGGAUUACUUGCGACAGAAGCGGGAUGUUGGAUUCUUCCAGAGCCUGGCGGGCCUAAUGCUGUCUUGCAGCGUGCUGGAUCUCAACGCCUUUGAGCGGCAGAACAAAGCGGAGGGACUGGGCUUGGUGAUGGAGGCGAGCUCAGGCGACAAGGUAAUGGCAGACCAAGGGCUGACCUGCGACCUUUUCCGCUUCUUGCAGCUCUUGUGCGAGGGGCACAACUCAGAAUUCCAGAAUUAUUUGAGGACCCAGACUGGCAACAACACAACAGUGAACAUCAUAAUAUCUACAGUGGAUUACCUCCUUAGGGUACAGGAGUCCAUUAGCGAUUUCUACUGGUAUUACUCUGGGAAGGAGAAGAUGGACGACCAUGGACAGCGACAUUUCUCAAAGGCUGUUAGUGUCGCCAAGCAAGUUUUCAACACGCUCACUGAAUACAUCCAGGGUCCUUGUACAGGGAACCAGCAGAGCUUGGCUCACAGCCGACUGUGGGACGCAGUGGUGGGAUUUCUCCAUGUGUUUGCUCAUAUGCAAAUGAAACUCUCUCAGGAUUCCAGUCAGAUUGAUUUACUGAAGGAGCUGAUGGAUUUGCAUAAGGACAUGGUUGUCAUGCUCCUCUCCAUGUUGGAAGGAAACGUGGUGAACGGCACCAUAGGCAAACAGAUGGUGGACAUGCUGGUGGAAUCGUCCAGCAACGUGGAGCUCAUUCUCAAGUUCUUCGACAUGUUCCUCAAGCUGAAGGACCUGACAUCAUCGGAAGCUUUUAAGGAGUACGACCCCUACCAAAGAGGGCUCAUCUCCAAGAAGGACAUUCAGAGGGCCAUGGAAGGCUGUCAGCACUACUCCCUCACCGACACCGAGUUCCUGCUCUCCUGCAUGGAGACGGACAAUGGCGAGUUGGACUAUCACGCGUUUGUGAAACGCUUCCACGAGCCAGCCAAAGACAUCGGCUUCAAUAUUGCUGUGCUCCUCACCAACCUGUCUGAGCACAUGCCUGGCGAUGCCCGUCUGCACACAUUUUUGAAACUGGCAGAUAGUGUUUUAAGGUACUUCCAGCCUCACCUGGGCCGCAUUGAGAUUCUGGGAAGUGCGAAGCGCAUUGAGCGUGUUUACUUCGAGAUCAGCGAGGCCAGCCGUACCCAGUGGGACAAGCCUCAGGUGAAGGAGUCCAAGCGCCAGUUCAUCUUUGAUGUCGUCAACGAGGGAGGAGAGAAAGAGAAGAUGGAGCUUUUUGUCAACUUCUGCGAAGACACAAUUUUUGAGAUGCAACUGGCGGCACAAAUCUCUGGCUCGGAUGUCAAGGAAGGGACAUCCAAAAAGGAUGAAGAUGAAGAAGAGGAGUCGACGGAAAUCAGACCUGGGGAGCCGAGUGCCUUUUCUCUGGCUUCAGCGAUGUAUGUUUUCCUGGCUCCUCUGUACUUUCUGGUCAUGCUGACAUCACUGCUCUCCAUGCGGAACCUUCGAAAGUACCUGAGCAAGGUCACCUUGACAAGUCUCAUAAGCGCUAUUUUCUCAUUUUUCUGGAACAUUCUCUCGGGUCUGGCCCAAUUGGUCUUUUGCGUGAUCUCCUUUGUACUCUACGUGCUAUACCUGACCUUCAUUGACGGGGGCAUUAUUGAGAAGGCAAAGAACCUGACCCUGGCCGACCUGAUAAUCGACGCCCCUGACCUUGCUGAGGAGGAGGUCACCACCGCGAUGAUGUAUGUGGGUAUGGGGGACGUGGUAGGCGUCGAGGAAAUGACGGACAUCAGCUCAUCUCAGGAUAUCGGGGAGCUGGGUGUGGACCUCUCGGCGGUGUCCAUCAAGGAUCCCCUGGUGCUCACCGAUAUCUUUGGCCUGCGCAUCAGCAAGGAGGGCAGCAAGUUCAGACUAGUGUCUGGAGACUCCAGCACCGAAGGUGCUGCUGAUGUUGCUGAACUCAGGGCAAAACAAAAGGUAUUUGGAUUCAAGACACAAGACUGUGAAGAAAAGGAAGAGAAAAUAUAUGAAAAAGCAGAAAGAGAGGACGAUGAAAAGAAGGACAGGAGGACUGACGGCAAGCGGAGAUGGAGGAGCAGACAACAGCACUGCUCAAAGCAAGAAGAGUCGCCUUUCUGGAAAGCACUCAGCUCCUAUCAAAGAAGAAUGCUUAACUGCUUUGCCCGGAAUUUCUACAACAUGCGGUUGCUCGCCCUGUUUGUUGCCUUUGCUAUCAAUUUCAUCCUCCUCUUUUACAAGGUCUCUUCCUCGUCUGGAGAUGAAGGUGAAGCGGAGCCCCAGGGCUCUCCUGUAUCAUCUUCUGACUUCCCCGGCGAUGGAGGCCAGGGCAGGGAAAAGGAAGGGCUGCUGCUGUCGCCCCAGGCCACCCAGGAGGACACAGACACAGACACAGACUCGGCUGCUACUGCCUGGUUUGUCCUGGAGGAGGACACUGGCUACAUGGAGCCCUCUCUGCAUUACCUGGCCAUUAUUCACACUCUCAUCUCCUUCUGCUGCAUCAUCGGCUACUACUGUCUGAAGGUUCCCUUGGUGAUUUUUAAGCGAGAGAAGGAGGUAGCACGCAAGCUUGAAUUCGAUGGCCUUUAUGUGACCAAGCAGCCCUCAGAGGAUGACAUCAGAGGACAGUGGGACAGACUGGUCAUCAAUACCCCAUCAUUUCCAAGUAAUUACUGGGACAAGUUUGUGAAGAGGAAGGUGAUGGAUAAGUAUGGGGAUUUUUAUGGCUUGGCACGGAUCAGUGACCUGCUGGGUCUGGAUCGAGCGGCGCUGGACUUCAGUGCUCAGGCCAUGGAAAAGAGGAGACCCAGGAGGGAGCACGACCUUACAGCCAUGCUGAGCUCCAUUGACGUGAAGUACCAGAUAUGGAAACUUGGGGUGGUGUUCACUGAUAACUCUUUUCUGUACCUGGCCUGGUAUAUGGUGGUGUCUGUCCUCGGCCACUAUAACAACUUCUUCUUCGCUGCCCACCUGCUGGACAUUGCUAUGGGAUUCAAAACACUAAGAACCAUCCUCUCCUCUGUCACUCACAAUGGCAAACAGUUGGCGCUGACUGUGGGCUUGCUGGCCGUCGUGGUCUACCUCUACACCGUGGUGGCCUUCAACUUCUUCCGAAAGUUCUACAACAAGAGUGAAGAUGGGGAAGGUGUGGAUAUGAAAUGUGAUGAUAUGAUGACAUGCUACAUGUUCCACAUGUAUGUGGGCGUCAGGGCAGGUGGUGGCAUUGGGGAUGAGAUUGAGGACCCGGCCGGCGAUGAGUUUGAGUUCUACCGCAUAGUUUUCGACAUCACAUUCUUCUUCUUUGUCGUAGUCAUCCUGUUGGCAAUCAUACAAGGCCUCAUCAUCGAUUCCUUUGGGGAGUUGAGAGACCAGCAGGAGCAGGUGAAAGAAGACAUGGAGACAAAGUGCUUCAUAUGCGGCAUCGGUAAUGACUACUUUGACACCGCUCCCCAUGGAUUUGAAAUACACACGCUGCAGGAACACAACCUGGCAAACUACCUAUUCUUUGUGAUGUACCUUAUCAACAAGGAUGAGACUGAGCACACUGGUCAGGAAUCGUAUGUGUGGAAGAUGUACCAGGAGAGGUGCUGGGAGUUCUUCCCAGUGGGAGACUGUUUCCGUAAACAGUAUGAGGAGCAACUUAGCUAAGACCGCAAUUCACGCCCAGAGGCUGUGCUGUGGGAAUGAGUUUGAGACGGCAGUACUGUAGUCCAUAGCCCCUUAACAGACACCGUUCCGCCACUGGGACAUUGUAAUAGUCACUGAAAAGAAUUAACUACCAUUGUACUACACCACUUUGACAGUGUACAGGGCCUUUAGUAAUCCACUACAAAUUGGUCAUUCUAUUCAAGCAUCAGCUGGUUUAUAACAGGGGUAGUGUCUUGAGGGGUUAAAACUGUUGGACUGACUCAUUCUAUGAGAUGUCAUAUAAUCUUAGUCAUCUAGUCAGUGCUUGUUAACAAUGUACAGCAGAAGUAAUGUUCUGCAAUGUUGUCAUUCUCUUGGAAUUAUCCCCAACCGAGUGAAGCAGGAGGAUCCUGGCACGAUGCAUAGGGGUCAUGGAUCACGCUGAAGGGGCUUAUUCCAGAAAAUUGACCAAAUCUCAGAACAUUACAUACAGUACUUGGUGGUUGUUAUAUGGCUACUUGUCAAAAAAAAGCUUAUGGAAAGUUUGACAUUUUUUGCUGUAACAAUGUCAUAUUUGAAUGUCAUCUGACUGCUGCUUAUGGCUUCGGACUUUAGUAGUGAGUAAACACACUGCUUUUGGGGUGAUAGGAAAGUAAAACAAAACCAGAUUCUGUAGUCAACAGUCAAAGUUUUUCAGUGUAUUGUAUACUGCAUUUGACCUCCAAAAAUGGGAGAGGUCCAGUCAUAGUCGAUGGGAUGUUUGUAAACUUUCUAAAGAGUAUAAGUAUAAGAGUUUUUGUUAUUCACUAUUUAAAGGAGAAGCUUACUCACAGAGGGUGGUGUGAAACCUACGUACUAUUUCAUUAAAAUA